ACAUUCUGAUACAAUUAUAAUCCCACUCCUACAUAUAUAUAUUCUUUGUUUUCCUUCCCCAUCCCUCUGUCCUUCUGAGUUAACCUUUAAAUACUUGUCCAUCCUUGAGCGAACAAGGUUAAAAGAACCCUUAGAUGGAGCAGUUAAAGCCGGAGGAGGAGGAGCUUGACAUGAUGAUGCACCAGCAUCAUCACCUCCCUCAAUUUUCUCAACCAUACACCAACACCUUUCAUCCCCCAGAUGAGGACUUCUAUGGUAACAACGAUAUACGCAGCACCAUGCCACUGCCACUAGCAGAUUUAAUCGAUAACAACCCUCCUUAUUGGUCUUCAUUUACACACUUAUUACCCUCCACCUCUGGGAUCUCUUUCUCCAAAGAUAACCCUACCCCAAUAAUAACGCUUCAAGAACAAGAACAAAGCGAGGGUGAGAAGCGGAACUCGAUGGCAGCGAUGAGGGAGAUGAUAUUCAGAAUGGCGGCGAUGCAGCCCAUACACAUAGACCCUGAGUCGGUGAAGCCGCCCAAGCGAAGGAACGUCAAGAUUUCCAAGGACCCUCAGAGCGUGGCGGCGCGCCACCGCAGAGAGAGGAUCAGCGAGAAGAUAAGGAUACUGCAGAGACUUGUCCCCGGAGGAACUAAGAUGGACACUGCCUCCAUGCUCGAUGAAGCCAUUCACUACGUCAAGUUUCUCAAAACGCAGGUUCAGUCGCUCCAACGCGCUUCCUCCACGCCGCUUCCUCUUAAUAACGCUGUUGGCUUCCCUGUUCCUAUCAAUACUAGGACUACUACCACUUCCAACCCUUUUUUUCCUUUACCUAAACCUUACGGAGAAGAUGCAUCAAUAUGAUCAUACAUUAUAUAUAUAUAUAUAGUAUUAUUCAUUCAAGUUUAAUUACUCUGUACAACUACCUCUACUUAUUCAAUUCAUAAAUACUCAUAUUUUAAGGUUUAGUCUCUUCUAUACUUUCAAAUCCGCUUGUGUUAAAUU